AUAAAAUAAAAUAUGUAAUUACACACUCGUCACAAACGAUAUACAGACCAUAACCCAAUAAACCAAUCAAAAAAUAAAAAUAAAAAUAAAAAAAACCAAAAAAUUAAAAAUUAAAAAAUGCAUAGGCUGCAUAGCAGGCACGGAGAGCUUCUCUCUUUCUUUUUCUGUCUCUCUCUGAACUAAGAAAUCCUGAAUCCUUUUUAUUUUUUAUUAUUUUAAUUUUUCUUCUCAUUUCCCUCCACAGAUCUCCAAAUUCUCUCUCAGCCCUAAUUUCUAUCUUUCUGCUAUCAUUUCUCUCUGCGUUUAUUUUCGAACCGUUUCUACACUGAUCGAUUUUCGGCCGCCGAUGAUUCUAGAAGCUUCAUGAAUAAUAUCCAUCCAGGGCGGUCUAUCUUCAUGGGCAAACAGCCUUACGAUGCCUGAGCUGCGUAGCAGACAACGCAGGAACCGGGCAUCUGAUUACCCGAACCCGAACCACAAUCCGAUUACCCAGCAACAACCGCCGUUGGAGAAGCUAACUGGCCGAGCUCGACAGAGAAGGAGGACCACCGUGCAGAACAGGAGGAAUAGUAAGCUAGAGAGGGAGGCGAUCGGCAUCGGUACCGUCAAGGACGGUGCGAUUGUUGAGACGAAGUUGUUUAAGAGGCAAGACCAGCAGCAAAAGGUUGGGGUUUUAAGAGAAGGAGUUGGUGAGAGAGCCAUGGAUGAGUACGAUAGCGGUGGCCGCAGCGGCGAUAAGGGUCAGGGAGCUGAGGAUGAAGGCAGCACCGCUCCUCUUCCUGAGAAGGUCCAGGUUGGUGGUUCCCCUUUGUACAAAAUAGAAAGGAAAUUGGGGAAAGGAGGCUUUGGACAAGUUUAUGUUGGUCGCCGUAUUAAUCCUACAAAUCCAAAUGAAAGAACUGGCUCUGGAGCUUUAGAGGUAGCAUUAAAAUUUGAGCAUAGGAGCAGUAAAGGAUGCAACUACGGACCGCCAUAUGAAUGGCAAGUCUAUAAUGCACUUGGGGGUAGUCAUGGCGUGCCACGAGUACACUAUAAAGGCCGACAGGGUGACUACUAUGUCAUGGUUAUGGAUAUGCUUGGACCUAGUUUGUGGGAUGUGUGGAAUAACAAUUCACACACGAUGUCAAUUGAAAUGGUAGCAUGUAUUGCUAUUGAGGCGAUAUCCAUUUUGGAGAAGAUGCACUCUAGAGGAUAUGUGCAUGGAGAUGUUAAACCUGAGAACUUUUUGCUUGGUCCCCCUGGAACUCCAGAAGAGAAAAAGCUGUUUCUUGUGGAUCUUGGAUUAGCUACCCGAUGGCGAGAUAGUUCAACCGGUCAGCAUGUUGAGUAUGAUCAACGGCCUGAUGUUUUUCGGGGAACAGUGCGGUAUGCCAGUGUGCAUGCCCAUCUUGGCAGAACUGGUAGCAGGAGAGAUGACUUGGAAUCACUUGCUUACACACUUAUAUUUCUUCUUCGUGGUCGCUUGCCUUGGCAAGGAUAUCAGGGGGAAAAUAAAGGAUUCCUAGUUUGCAAGAAGAAAAUGGCCACUUCCCCAGAAACUCUAUGUUGCUUUUGUCCUCAGCCUUUCCGACAGUUUGUUGAGUAUGUGGUGAAUUUGAAGUUUGACGAAGAACCCAACUAUGCUAAAUAUAUCUCCCUUUUCGAUGGGAUCGUUGGUCCAAAUCCAGAUAUUAGGCCAAUAAAUACUGAAGGUGCUCAGAAGCUUAUAUGCCAGGUUGGACAUAAGAGAGGACGGUUGACCAUGGAGGAGGAAGAUGAUGAACAACCAAAGAAGAAGAUUCGUAUGGGGAUGCCUGCAACACAGUGGAUAAGUGUCUAUAAUGCUCGUCGGCCUAUGAAGCAAAGAUAUCACUACAAUGUCGCAGAUGUGCGGCUCUCUCAGCACAUUGAGAAAGGAAAUGAAGAUGGGUUAUUUAUUAGUAGUGUGGCUUCAUGUUCAAACCUCUGGGCUCUUAUCAUGGAUGCUGGAACUGGCUUUGCUGCGCAAGUUUUUGAACUCUCCCCCUAUUUUCUUCAUAAGGAAUGGAUUAUGGAACAAUGGGAGAAGAAUUACUAUAUCAGUGCUAUAGCAGGAGCUAAUAAUGGUAGUUCAUUGGUUGUAAUGUCAAAAGGGACACAGUACUUACAGCAGUCUUACAAAGUGAGUGAUUCAUUUCCAUUCAAGUGGAUUAAUAAAAAAUGGAGAGAGGGAUUUUAUGUUACUGCCAUGGCCACUGCUGGAAGUAGAUGGGCGAUUGUUAUGUCUCGUGGUGCAGGAUUUUCUGACCAGGUAGUGGAACUAGAUUUUCUAUAUCCUAGCGAAGGUAUACAUCGGAGGUGGGAUAGUGGUUACCGCAUUACGUCGACAGCAGCAACUUGGGACCAGGCUGCUUUUGUUCUUAGUGUGCCAAGGAGAAAACCAGCAGAUGAAACUCAAGAGACUCUCCGAACUUCAGCUUUUCCUAGUACACAUGUGAAGGAGAAAUGGGCAAAGAAUCUUUAUAUUGCAUCUAUUUGCUAUGGUCGAACUGUCUCAUAAAUUGCCAAAGUUUUUCUUGCAAUGCUGCUGACUUGAUUUUAACCACUCACCUUUAUGACCGCGAGCGUGCUUUUACUUGUAAUUUUGCUGCUUCUAGGGAAGCAAAGAUCCUCUCAUGGAAAUUGACUGGUCAUGGCAUAUGGAGUUCAUGUAUGCUAAACUUUUUUUUAUUGCCACCAUCACAUAGUAUCUGUUACGAGCACCUGUGCACCGUCUUUCAAUUAUGGAAAAAAAUUAUGAGCUGAUUUUUAUCUUUAUUCCCACUGUAUGGGGCUCAUUUUACCACAUUGUUAAAAGUUUUGUAUAUCUUGAACAAUAAUUACUUGAUUGAAGGCUUGUGCACAGGUCAUGUUUUGAUUAUUGGUGGUAUUUUGGGACCGUACAACUAUUAUUGCAGUGGACUCUGGAUAUUCUCAGCCAUUCAGUCUGUAUUUAGCCAACCAUUUUUUUUUUUUUUUCCGUCUUCUGUUGCCCUCCUUUAUGAACUUAAAGAUGCUUUUGGGAUGUCAAUUUGACCUUGAAAACAGAAAGCAGUUGUAUACUUCAAUGCUGGCAGCAGUCUGUAAUGGUUUCUAAAUUAUUAUUCAUGUCCAUUCUACAGUUUAUGCAUACGUUUGUGCCCCCAUUCAACCGACAUGGUGUGGUGCAUUCUUCAAAAUUAUGUAUCAAUGCAGUUAAGAGCAAUACAGAUAUGUAACUGACCUUUUUCUUUCUUUUUUCACCCCUUGGUUUUAUCUCUCAUUGUUAUAGACAUCGCAUAUUGCUGCAA